AUGGCUGGCGGUGACGCUAAGAAGGGUGCCAACCUCUUCAAGACCCGUUGUGCUCAGUGCCACACCGUCGAGAAGGACGGCGGCAACAAGAUCGGCCCUCUCCUGCACGGCCUCUUCGGUCGCCAGACCGGUUCCGUCGCUGGCUACAGCUACACCGACGCCAACAAGCAGGCCGGCAUCACCUGGGACGAGAAGACCCUCUUCGCCUACCUCGAGAACCCCAAGAAGUACCUCCCCGGCACCAAGAUGGCCUUCGGUGGUCUCAAGAAGGAGAAGGACAGGAACGACCUGAUUGCUUACCUCAAGGAGUCCACUAAAUAA